AUGGCUUUCUUUAACACUGUUUUGACUGUAUCAAGUACAGUUUUACUGAAGGAUGCACUUAAUAUUACUAUGAUGUUAUGUCUUCCAUCAAUUGAACUUUUCUUAUUGCAGAGGAACUUGUUGGAGAACAAGGAAGCUGUUGAAAGGCAGCGAAAAUUACUGAAGAAACGUCAAUCGGACAAGGGUGAUGGAAGUGACAUAGAGGCAGUUCAGGAUGACGUUCUCUUUUUGGAUGAAGCAUACAAAUCUCAUCUAGCCAGUAUCAAGCGUGAGGAAGAAAUGGUAUUGUGUGACAGAGAUCGAUAUGAAUUGGAGAAAGGAGGGCUUAUACAAGAAAUGAAACAUAUUCGAGAUGAGGAUGGUUCCUGCUUUAACAAUUUUCAGAUUUUAAACCAUCGAUAUGCUCUUCUAAACCUUCUUGGCAAAGGAGGAUUCAGUGAGGUUUAUAAGGCUUUUGACUUGGUGGAGCAUAGAUAUGUUGCAUGUAAGCUUCAUGGCUUAGAUGCUCAGUGGAGUGAAGAUAAGAAGCAAAGUUACAUAAGACAUGCACUCAGGGAGUACAACAUUCACAAAACAUUAGUGCACCCGCACAUUGUUCGCCUUUGGGAUAUUUUUGAGAUUGACCCAAAUACAUUUUGCACCGUAUUGGACUAUUGCAGUGGCAAGGAUCUGGAUGGAGUUCUUAAAGCAACUCCUCUAUUGCCAGAGAGAGAAGCAAGGAUCAUUAUUGUCCAGAUUUUUCAAGGCCUUGUUUACCUGAACAGAAGGUCACAGAAGAUUAUCCAUUAUGAUUUGAAGCCUGGAAAUGUUUUAUUUGAUGAGCUUGGCUUGGCUAAAAUAACUGAUUUUGGCCUUAGCAAGAUAUUACUAGCAGGAAAGGAAAAGGAGAAGAAGAAUUCGUUUAAUCAAAAGCAGCAGAAUCCUCCUGAUGGCUUUUUUGAUGACUGUUCUGUGCGUGAGAAUUUAAACAAGUAUCUGCCUCCAGAAUGCUUUGAGAUAAACAAGACACCUCUGAUAUCCUCAAAUGUCGGUUACACUGUACUUUUCAUAUGUGGGAGCAUGCUUGACUAA